GAACUCGCUCGGGAGUUUGCAUUGAUCCAUUGAUUGCACAUGGUCUCUUGCCUGACCUCCUUGCUCCCAGGGAAGCGGUCUCCAUGGCUACUGGCCCUAGUCCCCCAGUGGCAGACUGUAAAUUCCUGCAGGCAGAGCUGAACAGAGCCCGGACGGGUGGGAGGGAGUGAAGAAGGAGCAGGCGAAGCAAAGGCAAAUAGAAAGAAAGAGAGCAAAGGAAAAGGGCGUUGCUUGGAUGGACCUUUACAGGUCUUCAGCAUUGGAUCACGGCCCUUAAAAAAAAACAAAAACUGCCGCUCUAAACAAAACCUACAACUGGCUACGUUCCUCCUUGAAUAAAAGAGGCAGCUGAAAAGGAGGGCGAUCAGGUCCGCUCAAAGAUUCCGCGGAUUUUCCUCCCUCCCUCCUUCCCUGUGCUAGUAGCAUCAGAGGAGACUAGACAAACCCCCGAGCAAUUUGGCCAUCCUUUCUCCAGUAGCCGCUUUCAUACACCGUCGGAAAAACCGUUCCUUUGUUUUGUGGGCUUUUAAAAAAAUAUAUAUCUGCGUGCGCCUUCAUCAGAGAAAACUUCCCGGUUCUUGGCACCAAUAUUCUGCACAGACGGAUCGGUCGGAAUGGGGGCCCUGGAGAUCCUUGGAUUGUGCCUGGUUCUCUCCUUUGGCAACACUGUGGCUAAAGCUAGUCAAGAUAUUGAUGAAUGUGUUGAUGGGACUGACAACUGCCAUAUUGAUGCCAUCUGCCAGAACACUCCCAAAUCAUACAAAUGCAUCUGCAAAUCUGGUUACACCGGGGAUGGGAAGCACUGCAAAGAUGUUGAUGAAUGUGAACGCGAUGACAAUGCUGGCUGUGUUCAUGAAUGUGUCAAUAUCCCAGGAAAUUAUCGAUGUACCUGCUAUGACGGCUUUCAUCUUGCACAUGAUGGUCACAACUGUCUUGAUGUGGAUGAGUGCGCAGAGGGGAAUGGUGGCUGCCAACAAACUUGUGUCAACAUGAUGGGAAGCUAUGAGUGCCAUUGCCGUGAAGGCUUUUUCCUGAGUGAUAACCAGCAUACCUGCAUCCAGCGUCCUGAAGAAGGAAUGAACUGCAUGAACAAGAAUCAUGGUUGUGCACACAUCUGCCGUGAGACUCCCAAAGGUGGCAUUGCCUGUGAAUGUCGACCUGGUUUUGAGCUCACUAAGAAUCAACGAGAUUGCAAAUUGACUUGCAACUAUGGUAAUGGAGGUUGUCAGCACACCUGUGAUGAUACAGAUCAAGGUCCAAAAUGUGGCUGCCAUGUGAGGUUUGUGCUACACUCUGAUGGGAAAACAUGCAUAGGGGAGAGGCACCUUCAACAGCACGUUACCCCCCCGACGUUUUCUAAUGGCAGCAUUCCUGAAAAUAAGAUGGAAUUACACUUGAUGAUAGAGACCUGUGCUGUUAACAAUGGAGGCUGUGAUAGCAAAUGCCAUGAUGCAGCCACAGGUGUACACUGCAGCUGCCCCAUGGGAUUCAUGCUUCAGCCUGACAGAAAAACUUGCAAAGAUAUAGAUGAAUGUAGAUUGAACAAUGGUGGCUGUGACCACAUCUGCAGGAACACAGUGGGCAGUUUUGAAUGCAGUUGUAAAAAGGGAUAUAAAUUGCUUAUCAAUGAAAGGACGUGCCAAGAUAUUGAUGAAUGCUCCUUUGAUAGAACUUGUGACCACAUCUGUAUAAAUACACCCGGGAGUUUCCAGUGCCUGUGUCACAAAGGCUACAUGCUGUAUGGACUCACCCACUGUGGAGAUGUUGAUGAAUGUAGUGUCAAUCAAGGAGGUUGCAAGUUUGGAUGUGUAAAUACCCCAGGUAGCUACGAAUGUACCUGCCCUGCAGGUUGCAGACUUCACUGGAAUAAAAAAGAUUGCAUAGAGCUGGAGAUUUGUUUGGCUGGCACAGUAUCUCCACGAGCCAUACUUACCUGCAACAAGAAUGGCAAGAAGGAAAGCUGCUCCCUCACCUGUGCCUCCAAGGCUCGCUUUCUGCCAGAAUCUGACAACAGCUACACUGUGAGCUGUGGGACCCCAAUUCUGCAACAGGUGCCUCAACCAAGAUCCAGCAAUGGUAGCCAUCCCUGCAUUGAGGCUGUUGCUGCUCCAAUCAAACAAAAGGCUUCUUUUAAAAUUAAAGAUGCUAAAUGCUACCUCCAUCCGCACAUGAAAGGCAAGCAGGAUGAUACUGGCAGGAAUGGAGGACUAGGUGGGUCAGCCCCUUGCUCAGAUUGCCAAGUGUCUUUCGUGAACCUAAAGUGUGAUUCAUCAAAGAAAGGCAAAGGACGCCGGGCUCGCAACUCUCCCAACAAAGAGGUGACUCGCAUUACCCUGGAGUUUGAAGCUGAAAUCAAACCUGAAGAGAUCACAGCUAGCUGCAAUCUGAACUGUGUACGGCAGAAGAUUGAGAAAAAACUGAAGUUAGCUAUCAAAGCCUUGAAGAAAUCCAUAAACCAGGAGCGAUUCCUCAUUCGUGUCUCGGGAAUGGAAUAUGAGGUGGCCCGGAAGCUGAGCUUGUCUCCUGAGAGGCAGGAGAGUUGUGGGCCAGGACAGCAGAGGCUGGGAUCCAAGUGUGUUAGCUGCCUGCCAGGAACAUACUACCAUGGCCAGAUGGAGCAGUGUGUCCUUUGCCCUCCAGGGACCUUUCAGGAGAAAGAAGGCCAGCUCUCCUGUGACCUUUGCCCUGGGAGUGAUGCUUAUGGGCCUGUUGGAGCAACAAAUAUAAGCGCUUGCGCAGGUCAAUGCCCUCCUGGACAGUACUCUGUAAAUGGCUUUAAACCCUGCCAAUUGUGUGUGCGUGGCACCUAUCAGCCUGAAGCUGGCCGAGCGUUAUGUUUCCAUUGUGGUGGAGGGUUGACCACCAAGCAUGAUGGAGCUUUUUCUUUCCAGGAUUGCGAUACUAAAGUUCAAUGCUCUCCAGGCCAUUAUUACAACACCAGUGUCCAUCGCUGCAUUCGUUGUGUGAUAGGCACCUAUCAGCCAGACUUCCGUCAAAACUAUUGUAUUGCAUGCCCUGGGAAUACUACGACAGACUUUGAUGGCUCAACUUCUGUAUCACAGUGCAAAAACCGUCAAUGUGGUGGGGAACUGGGGGAGUUCACUGGCUAUAUUGAGUCUCCCAAUUACCCUGGAAACUAUCCUGCAAAUGUGGAAUGCACUUGGAACAUCAACCCACCUCCAAAGCGCAAGAUUUUGAUUGUGGUGCCUGAAAUCUUCCUGCCAUCUGAGGAUGAAUGUGGGGAUGUCCUGGUGAUGCGGAAAAACUCGUCUCCAUCCUCCAUCACAACCUAUGAGACAUGCCAGACCUAUGAGAGGCCUAUAGCGUUCACUGCAAGGUCCCGAAAAUUAUGGAUUAACUUUAAAACCAGUGAAGUUAACAGCGCCAGAGGCUUCCAGAUUCCUUAUGUCACAUAUGAUGAGGAUUAUGAACAGCUGGUAGAAGACAUUGUCCGAGAUGGCAGACUCUAUGCAUCUGAAAAUCAUCAGGAGAUAUUGAAGGACAAGAAGUUAAUCAAGGCUUUCUUUGAUGUGUUAGCUCAUCCACAAAACUACUUUAAAUACACAGAAAAGCAUAAGGAAAUGCUGCCACGCUCUUUCAUCAAACUCCUCCGCUCCAAAGUUUCAAGUUUUCUUAGACCUUAUAAAUAGCCUCAUAUUUUCACCAACCUUCCAGGUUUCUCGACUGCCAAGAAAACUUUUUUUCUUAUGCUUAUUGUUACUUUUCGGUGAUUUUUUUCCUACAAAUAGAAACCCGCCAUCUUCACUAUGCAGAUGCAUCUAACACUUGGUCAUUCCUUGGCUUUUCUUCAAAUCAAAUUUACUGAUGAUUUGGCCAUGGAAGGAACAGCUGGCCACAAGGAACUAAAUCCCCUCCCUUGUGUUUCCAUACUGAAGUCUCAGCCUGUUGAAAUCGCCCACACUCUUCCCAAAAGUCCUCUGCUGGGGCCCAUAUCUCCCAGUCAGUUCAGCUUUCUCAUAUAUAUGCCAUUAUGUGUGGCUCCUUCUGCUACCAGGCAACUGCUAAAGAGGCUGCUUGGGUACAUCUCUCUGCAUGAACUGUUUCUAAAAAGAAGUACUUCUGCUAUCAUAAGAUGCCUCUGCUUCUUGGACACCAAUGAAAUGGGAAGACUCUGAGCAACUGCUAAGCAAUGGAAUUGAUCCAGCUGAACACUUUUGUAAAGAACUGAGAGCAAUGGACACCUGGAAUGUGGAAGGUUCUGCCUUAUUUAUCAGACUGUUAUGGUUUUAAUUGAAAAAUGAAUCAAGCAGUCUUGCAGAGAAGAUCAAACCAGAUACAUGGGGGAGGGGAUACAAUGGAUAUAGAUCAUACAAUAAAAAGGUGUAUCACAGAAAUGUGAAAGGAAAUUGCCCUUCUUGGGAAUGGCAAGUGUGGUGACUAGAAGAGCAUCAUUUCAUGAUGGAUUUUGGUGUUGAAAGCCUAGCCUAGCCACCUACCCAUACA